AUGUCGUUUUCUCUCUCUCUCGUUUUCUUCACUGUAGGUUCCCAGCCGGUUGUCAUAGCGCGAGGAGGGUACUCAGGGAUUUUUCCUGAUUCCAGCCGCUCUGCUUUUCAAUUUGCAAUGUCAACAAGCUUGCCGGAUGUGAUUCUAUUCUGUGAUCUACAACUGACAAAAGAUGGACAGGGAUUUUGCCAGACGAGUUUACAACUGGACAACUCGACAACCAUAGCAUCUGUCUUCCCCAAGGGGCAGAAGACCUACAAUGUAAAUGGGCAUGAUCAUCCCGGAUGGUUUCCUUCAGAUUAUACUUUUGAUCAACUAUCUCAAAAUGUAUCUUUGACACAAAACAUAUACUCUAGAACAAACCUGUUUGAUGGUUAUACACAAAUAUCGGCUGUUGAAGAUGUAAUACGCCUUAAGCCCCAUGAGUUUUGGCUGAACAUUCAGUAUGCCUCAUUCUAUGCACAACGCAAGCUUGAUCCUGCAUUAUAUGUUGAAAUGGCUUUAAGAAUUCUGAAGAUAAACUACAUUUCGUCUCCUGAGGUCGGUUUCUUGAAGACAUUAAAUCUGAAAGUGAACAAAGCAAAGACAAAACUUGUCUUUCGCUUCCUGGAAACAGACACAGUCGAGCCCACAACAAACCAGACAUAUGGCUCGCUGCUUAAGAAUCUUUCUGCUGUGACGUCAUUUGCAUCGGGAAUCCUUGUUCCAAAAGGAUACAUAUGGCCAGUAAGUAAGGACAUGUACUUGAAGCCUGCCACUGCUCUUGUAGCCGAUGCUCAUAAACAAGGUCUACAAGUGUAUGCUUCUGAUUUUGCCAAUGACAUCGUGGCAAGUUACAAUUAUAGCUAUGAUCCAACAGCUGAGUACCUGCAGUUCAUCGAUAAUUCUCAGUUUUCUGUUGACGGGGUGCUCACUGAUUUUCCUUCCACAGCAUCAGAAUCAGUUGCAUGCUUAGCUCACAACCAGAAUGCUAUCAGACCGGCCAAAGGAUCUUUAAUCAUAUCUCAUAAUGGAGCUAGUGGUGUGUAUCCUGCCUGCACAGAUCUUGCUUAUGAACAAGCCAUAAAUGAUGGAACAGAUAUUAUUGAUUGCUCGAUCCAAAUGACAAAAGAUGAAGUUGCCUUCUGUUUUGAUUCAGCUGACCUCUCUGCAGAAACUACUGCAUUGUUAAGUUUCCCCACACGAUCAACCAUAAUCCGUGAAAUUCAAAAGGAGACUGGAAUUUUCUCAUUCGAGCUCACCUGGAGUGAAAUUCAAACAUUGAAGCCUCAACUGGCAAGCCCUUUCCAACAAAGUGGCUUGAAAAGAAAUCCUGCAAACAAGAGCAGAGGUAGGUUUGUGACUCUAUCUGCAUUCUUAGAACUUGCUCAGACGAAGGCAGUUACAGGAAUUUUGAUCAAAAUACAAAAUGCUGCCUACUUAGCAUCAAACAAAGGCCUAAACAUGACAGAUGCUGUUGCAACCGCCCUGAGCAAUGCCAACUUCGAUAAACAGCUUACUCAAAAAGUUCUGAUCCAGUCAGAUGACAGUCAAGUCCUAUCCAGAUUUAAGGGUAACCAAAAUUACCAGAAAGUAUUGUUCAUUAGUAACACAAUAAGUGCUGCACCGAAUACAACAGUGGCCAAAAUCAGAAAGUAUGCUGAUGCAGUUUCUGUCCGAAGAUCUUCUAUUGUCAAAAGCACUGGUUCUUUCACAUGGGCUUUCACCAGUGUUGUAGACAACAUGCAUACUGCAAAUAUCUCCGUGUAUGUCUACCUUCUCAGGAACGAAUUUGUCAAUAUGGCAUUUGAUUACUUCUCAGAUCCCCUUGUGGAACUUGCUACUUACAUCACCAGUCUUGGGGUUGAUGGAGUUGUCACCGAGUAUCCCGCAACAGCAAAUGCGUACUUGAGAAGUCCAUGUUCCAACCCAAAAGCCAAUACAUCAUACUCCAUCUUAGCAGUGCAGCCAGGUUCCCUGCUCAGCUUGGUUCCAAAUGAGAUACUGCCACCGGCAGCAGCCCCGGCACCGGCUCUCAACGUGGGAGACAUCGUCGAUCCGCCUCUUCCGGGCUUAUCCAAUGCCUCUGCCUCCACACCUGCCGCUGUUCCGCCCGGAAAACCACAUUCCGGCACUGCCAAAAACGUUGGUAACUUGAGUUUCUGUCUAGUGACAGUCUUGUUGCUUAGUCUGCAUCCCACAGGGUUUUGA